CAACUACUCAACCCUGUUGCAUAAAUAACCUUUGAAAAAAAACGCGAUUUCCAUGUGACACAAGUAUCGAAACAGUUUUUCCUUCGAAUGGUUUGGAAUUUUCGUUAUUAAAAUUAAGAAAAAGGAAAAUUAAAUUUUAAACUUCAUGGACGAGGAACAAGAACAAUUUACUCGUCGAAUGCUACGUCGAGCAGGUUUAAAAAAAGGAAAUAAUGAAGAAGUAUCUAAUUUUAGUUCUUUGAGGAGAAAAUUAAAUAUUUUACGAGCAAUUGAAAAUAAUAAUUCUCAAGAUGAACAAUCAAUUGAUAACGAAGAAGUUGAGAAACGAAAAUUUAAAAUAACAAAAAAAGAAAGUAAAAUUCGUUUAAAAAAAAAUGCCAACAAUAUUAUAAAUAAUGAAACAAGUAAUAAAAAAAAUAAUUGUAUUACAUCAACAUCAUGGUCAAAAAUACCAGCAAAUUAUUUUGAAUCAUUAAAUUCAUCAACAAUAAAUAUCACUAAUGAUUCACCGAAAAAUCUUACAAUUGAUGAAUUUUUUCAAAAAAAUCAAUUUUCCGAAUUAAAAAAUGAUGACAAUAUGGAGAAAUCACAAAAAUUUGAAAAAGAAAAUUUAUCACAAUUAUCCGAUACAAGUAGUAAAAAUAAUUCAAAAAUUUGUCAAAAAAAUGAUGAUAAUGAAUCAUCAUCACAUGUUGAAUGGGAGGAUACAGUGAAAAAAUGUAUUAAUAAUUAUUUUGAAAGUAUGAAUAAAAAAGGAAUAAAAAAUUUAGAUACACAAAUUAAUGAUGAUAAUAAUUUAUCAAAAACAAUAUCAUCAUUAAAUAGUAAUAAUAUUCUAUCGCCAAAAAGUAAUUUUCUUCAAAAAAUGAUAACAACAUCGAGUGAAGAAUUUAUAUCAACAAAAAAUUGUGUAAUGAAACAAAAUUUACCAAUUUCACCAAAAGAAGAUUUAUCAUUAAAAUUUUUUUCACCACGUUCAGAAUUUCUUUUUUCAAAAUCAGAAUUCACAUCACCUGAUGAAUUUCUCUCACCAAAACAACAGGAGAAUACGGAAUAUUUUUCAACACAAAAUAUUGAUUUUUCCAAAAAUGAUAUAAAAAUUAAUGAUAAAAAUAAUUCGUCAAUAAUUGAAAGUCCAAAAGAAGAAUCACAAAAAUUAAUGGAAAAUUCAAUUAAUGAUUUGUCACUUUCAACAUUUGUUAAGGGUCUUGACAAUGAAAAUAUUCAAUAUUUAGAAAUUAAAAAUAACAAUUGGAAUGAUGCAAUUGAUUUUUUUGAUAAUAACAAAUCACCGGAAUUAUUAAAAGUCACUUGUAAAAUGAUUGAUGAAAAUAAUACAGAUAUUAUUAUUCCAAAUGAUGAUAUUAAAAUUACAAAACUUCCGAACGCUGAAUCAAUAUCAAAAAAUCUCGAGAAUUUAAAUGAUGAAACACAAUCAAUUGAAAAUGAAUCAUUAGAUUUAUCAUCAAUCAUUGACAAUUUAGACGAGGAGAUAAAAAAUCUUGAAAUUCAACCUGAUGUUUUAAAAAAAUCUCUCACACCAAAACAAUUUUUUCAAUUUCCAAUUUCACCGAAAUCAUUGGUCACAUCAUCAUCAUCAUUAUUUUAUACACCACGGAAAUUAUUCAAUCAAAGUAUUCAAGAAUCCGAAGAAAUUGAAAAUAAAUUAACAAAAUCAAUAUCUCAAGAAACAAAAAACGAAUCAAUCAACAAAAAUGAAGAAUUAAUUGAAAAAAAUCAAGAAUCAAUUGAAAAUAAUAUAGAGAAAGAAAAUAAAUUCAAAGAAGAAAUAAUUGAAACGCCAAUAAAUGAAAUGGAUAAAAAAAAAUUUAAACAAAAAUCAAAGAAAAACACAAAAACUGAAAUUGAAUCAACAAAUUUUGUACGAAGAAAUUCAAGUUUCUUUCGAUUUAAAACACCAAUGCCAUGGAGAACAAAACCAAAUUUAGAAUCAACGAGAAAAUCAUCAAAUUAUGAUUUAACGAAAAAAACAACAACAACAACCAAUUCACCAUCACAUAUUGAAAGUAUAAUAUCAUCAAUAAAUCCAAAUUCACCGGCAACACCCGAUGAUAAUGAAAAGAAAAGUCAACGAAUUUCCGAUUGUUCAAUAUCAUUUGAGGUGGAGAAAUUUUUAGAGGAAGCAUUAGGCGAAGAAUUAUAUUGUACAUCAAUGACAUAUGGUUUGGAUAAGACAAAUUCAAAUUUAGAUGCAACUGAAUUAUUGUCAGGCGAUAGAACAUCACUUAAUAAUAGUUUGCUUUUAAAUUCAUCGCGUAGUGAAAAUAGACAACAACAUUUUUCACGACAUUCAACAUUGAAUCGAACAAUCAGCGCUUAUAGAUCAUUAUCGAAACGUAUUAAAAAGAAAUUUCGUCCAAGUCUCAAAGAAACAAUGAAACAAGUAUGGAAUCCAAUUUUACCAAUAAGCAAUGAACUUAAUGAAAAAUUACAACCACUUAUACAGGAAGUGAAUAUACAACAAACACGUAUUUAUCAAGCAAGUAAAGCACUUGACUAUUGUCGAUCAAUGAAAAUGUUUCAAGCGUCACCAGAACAAGUUGAAUCAGAUCGUCUUCUACUUAUAGCGACACUUAAAAAACAAGCUCUCUUUCAUGAAAUAAAAGCCAUUGCCUCGAGUACAAAAGUGGAAACAUCAUUUAUUCAACAAGCCGAGAUAGUUGUCGAUAAUUUUUCUCUAACAUUAAAGGACAUAAUUUCAGAGAGAGAAAGAGAAAAAAAUAUUGUCGAAUGGUUUGUCAUUGUUGUUUCACAAGGUUUAACUGUAUGGUCAACACAGGCGGUUACAUGUCCCAUUGAUGAGCAAAAUAAAAAAAUUCCAUUCACCGGCUCAAUUAAAAUUCCAAAUUUAAAUCCCGAUUUUAAAAUUCUUGUACGAGUUUUUAGUACUAAAUUUCAUAUUUCAAAUGCCGAAAAAAUUCAUGUAAAAAAUUUAGAUCGUGACACAACAUGUCCAUCGCCAACGAAAUUAUUAAAGAGAUCAGAACGUUCAGUUUCAAUGAGAAGUCAUGAGAUUAAAUUCUCCGGUAUUAGGGAAACUAGUUUUAUUCUUCAGGGAUAUGUUGAGCUACAAGUUCAUGAUCUCUCUCUGUAUCCACCGUGGCCAUUAUUAUCUAUGCCAAGAAAUUCUGUAUUACAUAAUUCAAUAGAUUUAACCAUAAAGAGUCACUUCGACGUGGGUGGUUAUCAUUCUGGUUUUUUAAAUUAUGGUGAUGAAAUGGGUGGCUAUGCGGUUUGGAAUCGUAGAUGGUGUGUAUUAGAAAAACAUAUGCUUAUGUUUUGGAAUUAUCCACGUGAACAGGAAGUAAAACCACCACUAUUGACAAUUAAUUUGAUGGAAUCAUUAAACGAUCAUGUGACGACAAUUAGCCGAACACUUUGUGCAAGGCCAAGAACAUUUGUCAUUGAGGUAUCGCGACAAAGAACUAAAGAUGACAGAAAUAGUGGUGUCAUGGAAUUGCGUCCAAGCUGUACUAUUAUCAAGCAUCUUUUACAGUGCGAUUCUCUUCAUGAUUUAAUGGAAUGGAAGACAAAAUUGAAUCAUAUACUUGCAGUUUUUCGCGAAUGGAACGUUAAGGGACAUUAAAGUCUGCUUUAUUUAAGUAGAGAUUAUGAAUAUUUUAAUUACUUUAUUUAUUUUUUAUCAUAAAAAUAACAAUUUUUUUUUAAAAAAUAGUUCUUAAUUUUUUUAAGAAGCAAUUAAUGAUUAUAAAGAAAUAUUUUUGAGAAUAUAGUAAUAAUUGACAUUUGCUUGCCAAAAUAGUGACACGAUUGUGUGGUUUCAUUUUUUUAAUUUGAUGUCAGAUUCAAAUAAAGUGCAAAUUGAAGACAAAA